CUAAAAUGCUGUUCGCCAUGCGGGGGGUGUCAAUUGAAGGGGAGGAAGGAAAAAAAAACGACUGAAGGGAGUUACCUCAGCGCUUUCCGAGAUAUGAGAUCGGGCCAUUUUCCAGUUGGUCCCCUUUUCUAUUAAAGAAGAAAAGCAUAGGGGGAAGAAAGGCAGAAACACAGGUAGCCUAUAUUUGGAGUGGUAGCGCAGAAAAGAAUAUAUAUCGCCUUUCUGCAGGCGGAUCAGUCGGAAUCUACGUUGCGUGCACAGCUGCCCUCGUGCGCGCGCGCGCGUGUGUGUGUUUACAAGUGUUUGAACGAGUGCCACAAGCAAGGGAAGGACGGUAACGCCAAGGAAGGAGGGAUGGUGGACAAUUCAAGCAGUAGUAAGGCACAAAUGGUAAGUCGUGUAUCCGGCCUGGCGUCCCUCCACAUUUCUGUGAUCUGUUACGUUACGUUAACGAGUUAAGAAAACUAACUCCGAAAGACACAGUUUGAACGCCUCAUUUAACGUCACGGUAAAGAGUCAACGAGCUUUACGUGACAUUUUUCAGAAGAAAAAGAACUAAACAAUUUAUAGCUAAUUUGACCAUAUGCCUAGCAUGUCUCAGGACCCUAGUUUGGCCUUUCCCCAGAGCAGCUCUACAGGGGGGAUGAAGCUAGAAGCGGUAAUGGAGCAGCUCCAACGCCAGCAGCAGGCCCGACUGGAAAUGGAGCGCAAGGAGAGGAAGCUGCGAGAGGCCCACAUCAUGUAUGCUCAGCAGGUUGCUGCCCAGCAAGCCAUCCUGGCAGCUGCCCGGGCUUCUGGGGCCAGCUUCAUGGGCAAAGGCCUGGCUGUAGGGGUUCCUGGUGGUGGGUUGCCUCCCCGGGUUUCCAAUCAGAGCAGUGUGGACUCGGAAAGAGAGGAUGACGAGGACAGAGGCCGGGAUUCUGGGGAUGAGGAUGACGACAAUGAGAUGAUGGAGGGGGACGAGGGCAGUGAUGAUGAGGAUGAGGGAAGUGCCAGUGGUCUGGAGUUCCUCCGCAAACAGACCCUCGCUUUGCAGCAGAGUGCCUCCCGCAUCCCGGCCCGUCCCUUUGGCAGUUACUCUGCGUCAGCCCCCCAGAGGGCCGCAUCCCCACCUAUCAGAGUGAAGCAGGAACCUGACGAGGGCCUGUCUCCUGCCGGGCCUCACUCUGCUACGUCUCCUAACGGACAGGCCGACUGGGGCUUUGAUGAUCACUUCAGACAGAAUGGCAGUGCAGGCUGGGCGGAUGAGGCUGACAGUAGCAAAGGAAGAGGAGAGGCCUCCAGAGACUUUGCUAAGUUGUAUGAGCUUGACAGUGACCCCAAAAGGAAAGAGUUUUUGGAUGACCUCUUCACCUUCAUGCAGAAAAGAGGAACCCCAGUCAAUCGGAUCCCCAUCAUGGCCAAGCAGGUCCUGGAUCUGUAUAUGCUGUACAAGCUGGUGACAGAAAAGGGAGGUCUGGUGGAGGUUAUCAACAAAAAGAUCUGGAGAGAAAUCACUAAGGGACUCAACCUGCCUACCUCCAUCACCAGUGCAGCUUUCACCCUGCGCACACAGUACAUGAAAUACCUGUACCCGUUUGAGUGCGAGAGGAAAGGCCUCAGCUCCCCAGGUGAGCUCCAGGCCGCCAUCGACAGUAACCGGCGCGAGGGUCGUCGUCCAAGCUACAGCAGCAGCCUCUUCCGCUUCUCUCCCUCUCCCAGCACAGCUCCUCACAUCCUCUCACCUCCCAAGAUGCACCUUUCACAUCUGGGGGCAGGGGCCUCAGGGGCCCUCAACGGCCUCCAGGCUUCACCAGGUCCCUCUAUGAAGAAAGAUGACCUGACCUCCUCUAUCCUGGCAGCCAGACCCUCCAUGGCACUGGCCCUAGGGCAGCAGCAGGUUGCUGGUUUGGCCAGAGCCGCCACGUUGGAGCAGCUGAGAGAAAAGCUGGAGACCAGUGGCGGAGGAGAGGGGCCAGAGAGGAAGAUGGCCCGCAUGGCAGAAGAGCAGCAGCGCCUGAUGCAGCAAGCUUUCCAACACAACCUGCUGGCCAUGGCUUCCCAAAUGCCCAUGAACCUGCGCCUGGGAGCCCCCACCAUCACCACCAGAGAUGAGAAGCAGCAGGACAUGUCUCUGAGCAUCUCAACCAAUGGAAAUGCCAGCAUCACUGUCUCAGUGGAAGUCAAUGGCACAAUCUACUCAGGAACCCUGUUUGCCCAGAAGUCUGGCGGGGGCCCCGCGUCUGCUGUAUCAGCUGCUGCUGGAACCAGCACUAGCUUUAACUUCUCUGCACCCCUAGCUCAGACCCUCAGCCCCACGUCCUCCUCCUCCUCCAAGGGUCCCAGCUCGGCUGAGCCGGCCCCCAGCGGGUCCCCCUAGCUCAGGCUACCCUUUGUACCUGCUCCACAGGCCUCUCUUCCACCGGGAGGCCCAGCAAGAAUAUACAGUACAAUGAGAAAUUGAUAAGAAUAACAAACUGUUGCACAACAAAUACCUCAUCAACCCUGUCAACCUAUUGGCUGUCCAAUCAUGAACACAAAGCCCAAGAAUAUUAUAUGACAGCAUGUGCCCAAAUGCACAGCUAUGCAUUUUAUUCAACAUACAAACGCAUACACACACUACACUACAAACUCACACAAUCGUACAUAUACAGGCACACAAUCUACACAUACACACUCGCGCGUUAAUCCUAAUGUACAUGCUAAACACAAUCAGCUCAGCCAAAACCCACUGACAGGUGUAGUCACAACUGAACUUGAAAAGUUUUUAUCUUAGAACAUUUUGUUUGUUUGUUGCCAUUUUGUUUUGUUUUUUGAUUUUUGUGUUUUUAGAAUGAUUUUGUUUUUAGUUUUUCUCUUUUUACAUACCUCAAAUCAAGUAACCUGCAGUGGUGUCUUUACCUCAGGAGCUGUAGUAUAUUUAACCUGAAUCAACUUUAUUUUUAUAUUCUUUUUGACCUAGUUGCAAUCAGGGGAAGUCAAGUAACUCUCACCAGUGGAACCUCAUGUACAGAGCACCCACCACUCCGUGGCCGGCCGCCAACCCGGGCCGCUCACGUUUCUCCAACACACUGUAGACUCUUGCUGAACUCAAACUGGUGAACGAUCAGAUGCUGUAGACCAGCAGAAACCUAAUUUCAUAACUCCGCCCUCAGUUCAGAUCAUGUUAAGUCCAUUAUAUUGGUUGGAAGUUGAAUGAUGUAUACACAAACCUCCCAAUAUGGACGGGAUUUCUUGAAGCUGUAAACUCUCACUAGCAAUGGAUGGAUUUUUAAUGUCCAACUUUAAAAUUAUUUCAGGUUUGUACAAACACGUAGGGCACAAAGUUUGGGGAACAGCAACUCCAAUCCACCCACAGCAGGCCGAGCAGACCCUGAGCUCAUUUCUCGGCUCCUGUCUAUGUUACAUUGAGGUUGUACCGAAUCAGGUGUGAGUUUGUUGUCCCCCAUUUUGUUUGUGCAUUCUUCUUCCAGCCGCAGCCAUACAGCUGAAUGUCAAACACAUGGCAUCAUCGCCAAUGCAUAGUUCUCAGACGUCAUACCGGCCUCUCUGCACUGGAGAGCGUCUCUCUCAGGAAGAAAUGUGACACCUGUAAGGAAUCGCCGUUAAUUUAAAGAAAACGAAGGGAUUCAUACGUGAAGAAUGCACAAGUCUACUUGACGGUUCAAGAAUACCUCAUCUGACUCUCUCAAAAGGAGAGCUACACUACUUACCUCAUACAGCGCCAAAGCCAUCAAGACUUGUCGCCACAACCCGUGAUGGAAAUCCUACCUGAACUGAAACUGACGUGAAGUACUGACACACUGCUGGUGGUUUCUGGGGACAAACAGAACCGGGGUGGGCUUGCUAUCUCUCUCCUCCCGUGUUCACUUGUAUUUUUUUGCUUGCUUCCAGUUCCCUUCUUUUCUUUUUCUUUUUUUCUUUUUUUUAUUACCUCAAGUUGUUUUUUCAGGAAAGAGGAAAAGAAUAGUUCCUCACUGACACGUAUAGAUUUGUACGAUUGUCUAACCUUAAAUUUGUCUGCGAUACCUAAAUCGCAGUCAAUGCGCCUUUUUCUUCACGACAGCGGCAAAAUGAUAUGCAUGUGUACAAUCAUGUGACCAGUGUUUUAACACCCUAAUCGCCUGGGUCACGUAAGCCUCUGGUUAUUGCACAGCUAGAUACCAAAGACUAGCCAGGUCGCUCCUCUUGAUCUCUCGUACAAUCCUGCCACACCUGCUGGGGUCCCGGCGAGGCAGUGUAAGGUCUCUUUUGGACUUCAAAAAAGAAAAGAAAAAAAGAACGUUGCAUAAUAUCGCAUUUAUCUGCUUUUUGUGUUUUUUCUUAAAGCAAGUGAAAAUCUGCAAGCGGUAAAUUCCCUUGUUUCACAUUUCACAGCAUGACUUGAUGAUUGAAAAGUUACAAUGGAAAUAACUAAUUUAGAACUGGAUAUAGGGACUCAAAAUCUGAUGACAUGACAUGUACAGCUAUUGAACAGCUAUUUAAGUUUUGUAAUCCAGAACAGUAGCCCAGACGCUGUGCUAUAGCUGAUGUGCUAUCUCCCUAAUGUAACACUUUAGGCGCAUGCCCUCUCCGCCACUGUGGACAGAGGCCCGCACGUCUGGCCCCUUUCUUAAAAAGCCCACUUUCUGAUAAUCCAGAAAACACUUGGAUUAUUCCUCCAAUUGUAAGUCUUUUUUUUUUUUCUCCCUUUAAAUCUUUUGCAUUUUGAAAUACAACAAAGGUUAACAAUGAAUUCUCUAGCUUUAUCUGUUUUGAAUGUGAGGCAUUUUAAUUGUUUAGAAACCUCUUUAAGCCCAGCGUGAGCCAAGGUGGGCAGCCUUGUUUCUUUUAUUAGACUGUAUUUUAGCCAUUAUGUGUCAGCUUUUGCAGUGCAGAUCAGAGUUUAGGGUUUUAGGAGGGUGCCGAAAUCCUUUUUAUGUAUCCUUCAGAAUCCUGUAUGACACACAACUGUAUUGUAUAAAGGUGAGAACUGUAGAUGCUGCUUUUAAGUAGUUGCUGGUGAACUCCAGCCAGUGCAGUUUUUACUACUCAACUGGCUGGGAAAAUGUCUCUUUUUAAGCUUAAUCCUUUGGAGAGCAAUUACUUUUUAUUUUCACUUUUCAAUUCAAUCAGAUACUAGACACCAAUUGUCAUACAACCUGUUGAGUUUUUGCUAUUUAUUUGUGUUUUUUUUUUUUUUUGUCCUGAUGGACCUUGUUUUUAGUAACAGUUCAGCUUAAUACAUUAGGCUGUGAUACUAAAACAUUUUCUAGUUUCUAAGUCUUGUUUAAUCUGCUUAGUCAGAGCAAUGACUGUUUAGCGUAGCUUCACUGCCUGUGUGUGUGUGUGUGUGUGUGUGUGUGUGUGUGUGUGUGUGUGUGUGUGUGUGUGUGUGUGUGUGUGUGUGUGUGUGUGUGUGUGUGUGUGUGUGUGUGUGUGUGUGUGUGUGUGUGUGUGUGUGUGUGUGUGUGUGUGUGUGUGUGUGUGUGUGUGUGUGUGUGUGUGUGUGUGUGUGUGUGUGUGUGUGUGUGUGUGUUAUAUACAGUAUGUGGUUGCUGUACCUACAUACACUUGUAAUACCAUUCAGAAUACUGCAGGUGGCGCCACAUCUUAUAUUGCAGGAGGAGGGGAAUUCUCAACAUUUUUACCCACAUCUUAACUUAAAUGGGGGUAGUUCUCCAACAUCAGCCUCAUUGGCAUCCAUGGGAAAGGCCCAUUAAAGCAUUGAGGUCUGGCCAUUCCCUUCUCUCUCCCAGCCACCUGACUUGCUGUGUGGAUGCGUGGAUGCGAUGUGUUGUGCCUGUGAGCCUGCAUCCCUGUAUGUGUGUAUGUGUGUGUGUUGUUUGUGCAACUAUUAGAGACCGCCCCUACCUCGUCAUACCACAAUACCUCAGGGCAGUGGGCUGCAGUCCCUGUUGUGUUCGAUAAUGAAGCUGCGUUGAGGGACGAGUACAGACGGAAGCUGGGGUCACUUCGCCAAAUGCAACGUCGGCAUUGGUUUCGCAUUUCCGGAUUUGUGUCGUCAGUGACUGUAUGCGAGGUCUCGUCACUCAGGAAGCUGUGAAGUUGGGAGUCUGCAGAGCGUUUCGUCUCUCAGAUGAUUUUGGAGUUAAUUCAGUUUUAAAUUGUUUAAAAACUAACAUGAUCUGUGUAAAAACAGGCGCAUAUGCAAAUGGUUAUCGAAUACCUCAUUUAUCAAUUUUAUGUUUUUGGCUUGUACAAUGCUCCGUAUAUAAAUUCAACUGUGGGGUUUGUGCAUAUUUUUGUACUGUUAUUAUGGACAUGGUAAUAAUUAUAUUACUGAUAUUAUAGUUUUCUCUUUGAUUAAAGCAAACAAAAAAUAGGACAAACACAUGAAUGCUUGUAAAAACUGGUUUGUGCUGAUUGUAUUUAAGAGGAGCACUUUUCCAAAGUGGUUUUCACACAUUCAGUUUUGUUCAUAUUAGUAAUAUAAAGAUAUGGUUCUCAGGGCUUUAAACUUGUAUGUCAUGAUAAAGUUUUACUUUAUAUCUUA